CGGCGUGGACGCGCAUUGCGCGCUAACCGCACAGCAGGAGGGAGGAGAAAAGAUGGCGGCGCGAGUGCUGCACGCGCUGGGAAGCGGCCUGAGACCCGCGCUUGAACCGCGGCUCUGUGUCAGGAGUGCAUCUACAAUCAAGUCUCUUUUUGUACGAAAGGUGGAUCCCAGAAAAGAUGCACAUUCUCAUCUGCUCGCUAAGAAAGAAGACAACAACCUCUACAAAAUUCAAUUUCACAAUGUCAAGCCUGAGUGCCUUGAUGAUUAUAACAAACUCUGUGAGGAGGUUUUGCCAUCCAUUCACGCUGAUCCUAAUUAUUCCUGUGAACUAGUGGGCACUUGGAACACAUGGUACGGUGAACAGGAUCAAGCAGUACAUCUAUGGAGAUACAGAGGAGGAUAUCCAGCCCUGACUGAUGUCAUGAACAAACUCAAGAAGAACAAGGAGUUUUUGGAGUACAGAGAGAAACGGGGGAAGAUGUUGCUGUCACGUCGAAACCAACUGCUGCUGGAGUUCAGUUUCUGGAAUGAGCCGGUGCCCAGAGAAGGGCCAAACAUCUAUGAACUCAGGACAUAUCAACUCCGGCCUGGAACCAUGAUCGAGUGGGGAAAUUACUGGGCUCGGGCCAUUGAGUUUCGUCAGCAUAAUCAGGAAGCUGUUGGAGGUUUCUUCUCUCAGAUUGGUGAUCUCUACAUGGUGCAUCACCUUUGGGCAUACAAAGACCUGCAGUCCAGAGAGGAAACCAGAAAUGCAGCGUGGAAACACGAGGGAUGGGAUGAGAUUGUAUAUUACACAGUUCCACUGAUUCAGCAUAUGGAGUCAAGAAUUAUGAUCCCAUUGAAGAGCUCACCUCUGAAGUAACCUGACAGAAACUAGCUGCUGCUGUUUGAUUCAUCAACAUCCAAAGAUCAAUGACGGUUCUCUUCAUUUUCAAAAGUCUUUAUUAAUUUUCAAUCUUCCCACUGAUUGUUUUCCUAUUACUGCAGUUAUGAAUUAAAUUUAAGGUUAUGGCAUGGCAUUCAUGAUGUGAUUUGAAUAAAUGGAUCUAUGGAAAAGCUUUCUUGCCAGUUAAGGACACAGUGAUUAAAUAGUAAAAAUAAAAUGUUUGUCUAUUGGUAAUGCAAUGAAAAUGAACAGCUUGAUAUUAGUUAUUUUAAUAUCAGUGAAUGGCCUUAGAAAUGAUUUGGGUGUAUGGUUUUAAGAUUAACUCUUGUGUCUUAAUGAAACGUUUGCUAAUGUUUUGAAAAGCACUUUAAAGAAAGUCUUAGGAGACUCUAAAUGCUCACCAAUACUCAUAAUAAGCAGUUUCAAAGCAUGUUGUGGACUAUAUAACGCCUUUGGUUAUUUUAAUAUUGAAAGUAGUUCACAUUGAAAUUGAAUUUGCUCACCUUACAGAUAAUGUUACACGAGUUAUUGCUUCCACUUAAAUGAAUGCUUUUCUGUGUGAAAACAUGCGUGCGUUUCUGUCAGUGUUUUUUUUUGUAUAAAUAAUAGUCUUUGUGUAAAUUAGAUUUUGGAGAGGAAUGAUUGAUAUGCCAAUAAAAUCAGUAAAUUAG